AUGACUUGGCCAGCCUUGCCAAAUCGCGCCGCUUAUUUGGCCAUCAAGAAUGGGAAACGUCGAAAUGCUCUGUCGCUUGCCGUCUUGCGAGAUUUGCGCGACCAGCUGCACUCGUACAAUAAGUCACCAAUUGAUGGCCGCAUAAGGAUACUUCCCCCCUUCAAACCGGAGAUCCUCGAGGAAUUAGAAGUGGCCGCAAAGGACGGGAAUUCCGAGGCAGCAAAAGAACACGGAUGGCUUCUCGACAUCGAAAAGUGGCAAGAGCAUCGACAAGGACUACCCAAUGUCAUCGUAUUACGCACUGAGGGACCUGUGUUUUCAUCGGGCCACGACUUGGGCGAACUACGAAGAUUGAGCCACGAGGAAGUAAAGGAGACAUUCGCCCUCUGCGCCGAAGUCAUGUCCUUGAUCAGGCGGUCUCCCGCCCCCGUGAUUGGGGUCAUCCAGGGCCUGGCGACUGCCGCUGGGGCCCAGCUUGCUCUGACGACGGAUCUCCCGCUGGCGUGUGCUUCCACUCAAUUCCGCCUGCCCGGAGCAUCGUUGGGGCUGCCUUGCACUUCUCCGUCCACUGCCGUUGCACGCAGACUGGGGCAUGCCCUCACAUACCGGAUGCUAGCUUUAGCCGAGCCAGUUCGGGCCGAUCAGCUCCCAGGAAGGGCAGUUGAGGUGCUUCCAGAUGGGGCAGCUCUGGAAAUGCGGGUUGCCCAAAUAGUCAGCCAGUUAUCCGAGAAAACUGCUGCCCAGCCACAGGCGUUGGGCAAAUGGGGAUAUUGGACACAACUGGGACUGUACGGGACUAACUCUGCCUCUGGAGGUGAUGGUUAUGAAGAUGCUGUGGCAUGGACAGGCAGGCUCAUGGCUCUCCAUGCGAGAUCCGCCGAUGCCAGGGAAGGUGUCAAUGCCUUUUUUGAGAAGAGGCCGCCCGUGUGGAAGCUUUAA